CGGCUUCAACUCUCUCCAAUCUCCAUAUUUGUGGCUCCUGGGAGACCCUUUGCGAGGAAAAACGAGAGAAAAACCCAAUUUUUCUUUGUUCUUCCAAUCUUCGCAAUCCUCACAGAGCAAAUUUAUGGAUAACAGGAGCAAAAUUGGUUCACUGCAACUGAGUUUCAUCGCAAAAUUCUUCCAGCAAUCGGUGUUUGGUUUUGUAGUUCCAUCGCUAUUUCAACCCCUCGAUAGAUCCAUUCCUUGGUUAAGGUUUCUGGGUUUUGGUCUUCCUGAAUAGCAUUCAAGCUACCCUUCUGUCUCGUGUUACAUUUUCUGCAAAAAUCAAGGUUCCAGAUUGUGGCUUCUUGAGUGUUUUUGCAUUUGCACAAGUGUUCAGACAGAGAGAUAGCAAAGUGAUUGGUGUUCAAAUUAUGGUGUUUGGACUAAGAUGACCAUUUUAGCUGGAUCUUCGACUAAGAAGAUGUCGUCGGCUAGGGGUCAAUCCUCUGGUUGGGCAGCUUUUGAUCUCAAGCAGAGAAAGAAGAACAAUCUGGAGUCUGAUGCUGAUAAGGACCCUUUCCCAGCUUUAGGAACUUCGAGUUCUAUGCAACAUGUUGAUAAUAAGUUAGCCAAGAAGAAUCGUGUUCCUUCGAAGCCUUUCUCUUCGGUGAUUCUCCCUGCUAAAAAUUUCCCUCCAUUGAAGGAGGGUGGGAAUGGCAAAAAGACCAUGUUAGUUUUUGACUCUACUGAAAAAUGCCAUGGGAAUACUGUGCAGGGAGAUGUUAAUUUAGCUAUCAAAAGGCUAAAAGAGCAGCAUCUUUGGGCUGAGAAUAGCUUGAUAGAGGAUAUAUUGGCUGCUGUUGAUAAUAAUGUUAAUAAGGCCUCAGCUUUAUUGGAAACAAUGGCCUCUGCAGUCAACUUUGAAGAUAAUAAUGUAUCAAGUGAUCCUAGAGCAACUACUUCGGAUGAUAUUACUGAUGAAAGUCUCACUUUAGAAAAUGUUAAAGAUGACAUUCCCUUCCGCUCUAAUCUUGUUAGUCACCUCCAAGAUAAUGAUGAAGACUCAGAGGUUAGAAAUGCUUCCUCAGAUCAAAAGUUUUCUGGUGUUGAUAACCUGAGGUUCAAAAUGAAUAUCCUGUAUUCUGUUCCUGUUGAGCCUGAAUGGGAGGAUGAUGAUGUUUACAAUAGUCAUCGAAAGGAUGCAUUGAGGACAAUGAGGUCUGCAUCGCGACAUUCUAGGGCAGCUGCUGGUGCUUUUCUAAAAGGUGAUCAUUAUUCUGCGCAGCAACAUUCAAUGAAAGCUCGGGAGGAAUGGCAUGCUGCUGACAAGCUUAAUACUGAGGCAGCCACAAAAAUUUUAGGUAUUAGGAAUAAUGAAAAUGAUAUAUGGAAACUGGAUUUGCAUGGUCUUCAUGCAGCAGAAGCUAUUCAAGCAUUACAAGGACAUCUCUAUAAAAUUGAAAGCCAAGGCUUCCCAAAGAAUACAGCCACUUCAAGUGUGAAGGAGAAUGGGCUUGCACAUUCAACUAUCAGAUCUCUUAAUGUCACAAACAGGGAAAAUUUGGAUAAACAAGCGCCAUUAAGGCUUAGGUCAUCAGCUUUACAUGUCAUAACAGGUAUUGGCAACCAUAGCCGAGGACAAGCUGCUCUUCCUUCUGCUGUGAGAAAUUUCCUCAUUGAAAAUAGAUACCGUUUUGAGGAGACUAGACCAGGAGCGAUCACAGUGUGGCCCAAGUUUCGUCAAAGUUGAUUGCUAACCCCAUUAGGAACAUAUUCUUGUAUUGUACCAUUGAUUGCUGACAUGGGGAUCAUAAAUAUAGAACUAUGUAUACUUUGUGUGAUUUGUAUCAUGUAAUUUUUGUCAAAGUUUGUAUUAGUUGAUCAUGUCCAUCUGCAUUCAACAGCAGUGAGAUUCAGUUCCGCAUGUAUUACAUUUAUUCUAACCUAUUUAUGUAGAAUAAGGUAUUUAUCUUGGCUUUGGAAA